ACCGUGGUAUUUGUAUGCUACUCCAAGGUUUCGGCCUCCAUAGGUACUGGGCGGGGUUUCCUCAGCGCGCGCACCUGGACAAGAGAUCUGUUUCACUUUCCAAAGGGAAAAUCCUCGGGAACGCAUUCAGGCAGAGUCAUGGCCACUGCUGCUGAGUACGGACACAACUCCUGGGAGCUCAGCAUCCAGGUGGACCAGCGUGAGGGAGAUGAAGGCAUGAAGUUUAAAUUGCGGGUCAAGGGGGAUCUUCACAUCGGGGGUCUCAUGCUCAAACUCGUGGAGAAGAUCAAGGCUCCUCAGGACUGGUCUGAUCACGGCAUCUGGUGGGAGAAGAAGAGCUGCUGGCUGCUGAAGACUCACUGGACUCUGGAUAAGUAUGGAGUCCAGGCGGACGCUGACCUGCGCUACACUCCCCAACACAAACCCCUCUGCAUCCAGCUGCCCAACAUGAAGACCGUCAGGCUCCCUGUUAGCUUCUCUUGUGUGGUCUUUAAAGCCGUGGCUGAGAUCUGCAAAGCACUCAACAUCAGAAGAUCAGAAGAACUUUCUUUACUGAAACCACCAGAUGAUCCAAAGAAGAAAAAGAAAAAAGACAAGGGCACAGAAUCAGCUUUUGAUGACAUAUUAAACAUGGACAUGGCAGGAGGAGCCCUGGGUCUGUACAGUAAAACUAUGACGCCGACCUAUGACCCGGACAGCGGGUCGCCUGCAUCUUCCACCAGUCUGUGGUUCGGAGAGAAUCCUCUGAUGGCCUGCCAACCCAACCUUCCACCAGAGGAACUGGCCAAACUCUUCAAGCCUCUUACCCUGGAGGAUAAAGCAGCCAUUAAUGCUGGGUGGCUGGAUUCCUCUCGCUCGCUGAUGGAACAGGGAAUUCAGGAAAACGACAGACUCCUGCUGCGAUUCAAGUACCACAGCUUCUUCGACCUCAACCCAAAGUAUGAUGCUGUGAGAAUCACGCAGUUGUAUGAACAGGCCAGAUGGGCGAUACUGCUGGAGGAGAUUGACUGCACUGAAGAAGAGAUGCUCAUGUUUGCAUCCCUGCAGUAUCACAUCUGUAAAUUGACCUUAUCAACGGAGCCACUGACCAAUUCCAACGAACCAGAUAUUGAUGAAGUCGAGGCUGCGCUCUCAAACUUAGAAUUCACCCUGGAAGGACGAAACGCUGAUAAGAUCCUGGAAGAUAUCACCGACAUCCCAAAGCUGGAAGAUACACUUAAAUUGUUUAGGUAA